UGGGGAAAGCCCUGAGCUGCACAUAAGCAACCGGCAGUAAAACCCAAAGGUGUGUGUGCACGCUGCGGUGCGUGUGUGCGGUUGCCCACAGUGGUGUGCUGCAGUCCGCUGCCUUGCCGUCGUACAGCCAACUACAUGGACAUUAGCGGGCGCAGCGGCGCGACCACCGAGCCGGAGCGGAUCCAAACAGCGUGCGCGUGUGUGUGUGGAGAGCCACUCGAUAAAGGAGUCUAACCAAGAGAGAAACACCCGGUGUGCAAAAUCGACUCUUACACCAGUUUACAGCUGCGAAACAGCAGAGGAAAAGCUCUGUGUGGACUGAGUAGUGCCGCGCAUUGUGUACCAGGCUGGGAGAGCUCAGGCGGGAAUGGCUUCAUCUCCGUGCGGCAACAGUAACUUUGAUUCCGGUCUGGAAAUCAAAACUCGCUCGGUGGAGCAGACGCUUAUUCCCUUAGUAUCGCAGAUCACCACUCUGAUCAACCAUAAAGACAAGCCAAAGAAGUCUGAGCGCACCCUAACAGCCAUACACAGGGUGGGCCAGGCAGUGAGCGUGGCAGUCGGACGUUUUGUCACCGUCGGGGAAGCCAUUGCCACAGAGAACCAAGAGCUGAAAGAUGAGAUGGGUCAGGCCUGCUUCGAGGCACGCAGAGCAGGUGAUGCCAUAGCCCAGCUGACAGAUGUGGGAUCAGCCUUGCCGUCUCAGUUGGAUGGACGUGUUACAGUGUUCAGUGACAGGACGGCGAUGGUGAAAGCUGCACGCUUGCUCCUCUCUUCAGUCACUAAAGUUCUGGUCUUAGCCGACCGCAUUGUCAUCAAACAGAUAAUCACAUCACGCAACAAGGUUCUGGUAACCCUAGACCAUCUGGAAAGAGUCAGCACCUUCCAGGAAUUUGUACAGAUUUUCAGCCAGUUUGGAAAUGAGAUGGUCGAGUUUGCCCACCUCACAGGAGACAGACAGAAUGACUUGAAGGACGAGAAGAAGAAAGCACGAAUGGCAGCAGCCAGAGCAGUGCUGGAGAAAUGUACCAUGAUGCUCCUCACAGCUUCUAAGACUUGCCUGAGGCACCCGGAUUGCGAGUCGGCACGGAUCAACAAAGACGCUGUAUUCCACCGGAUGCGAUGUGCCCUGGAGCAGGUCAUCGAAAUAGUCACGGAGGCGCGGAGCUGUGGGGAGAACAAGAUCCUUCCUGCAAGCAUCUACAACUGCAUCAAGGACUUCAAGUCCAGCGUGGAGUGCCUUCGGGAGAACCUGUACUCCUUGUCACCCCAGAGCAUGGGCAGUCAGCUGGAGGCGCUGGUGGAGCGAACAGAGGACUUCACUGAUUCAGCCUACACCAGCCACGAGCAGCGGCAGGCCAUCUUAGGUCUGUGCCAGCUGGCAUGCCAGGACACUAACCAGCUGGUGCACGUCUGGGUUGAAGCGCAGCAGUCUGCUCAUGCCAAAGAGGCCACAGAGGACAUGGAGGUGGCCAUCCUGAAGACAUGCCAGAGCAUCACUGACCUCAAACGUGAGCUCCAUAAGGUAGCAGUCGGUCGUGCCUCAGACUUGCUCAAAGUUCACGGGGAGCAGUUGCCUUUGCGGGCUCUCAAGGCCGCAGGCGCUGAGGGAAACCUGGAGGUGGUGGCAGAGUAUUCACGCACACUCACCGAGCAAAAAGAUCAGCUGGUGGAGACCUGUCGACUGUUGUGCCAUGUGUGUGGGACAGAGCCCCUAGAAAUUACCUGUAUACAUGCUGAAGAGACCUUCCGUGUCAUUGGGCCACAGAUCAUCUCAGCAGCCCAGACGCUGGCCCUCCACCCAUCCAGUAAGAUUGCUAAGGAGAACUUGGAAGUGUUCUGUGAGACCUGGGAAUCCCAGCUCUGUGACAUGGCCCUGCUGUUAAGAGAAAUCAAUGAUGUCUUUGAAGGCAGGCGAGGAGACAAACGGCCUUAUUUGUCACUUCCCAGACCUGGGAAACACUCAACUAACUUGAAGGCUGUCAAGGCUGUCAAGUUGGAUGCAGAGGAACAGACCAGCGUAGCCAAGCUGGGCCUGGAGCUUCGUCUGCUCUCAUCAGAUGUGGACACAGAGGUGGAAAAGUGGGAGGAGCAAGAACAUGACAUUGUGCGACAGAGCCAAAGCCUGGCCAGUAUGGCCUACAGCAUGUACCUGUUCACUAGAGGGGAGGGACUGCUGAAAACAACACUGGAUCUUUUCCAUCAAGCUGAGGUUCUUUCUGAGGAGGGGCUCCAGCUGUGCUCAUCUCUCCGCACUUUUUCCACUCAGCUGGUUGAUGAGGAAAAGUCUGUGGUGAUGACAGAGAUGGAGAAACUGGUGGCAUUAUGCCAACAGCUGCAGAUGGGGGCCAAGACUCCUGUACAGGGCAAGACUGCCACCUUCCAGAAGGUGGACUCCUCCAUUCAGACUACCAGAAGCAUUUUGACUAUGGUCCUCUUCCUCCUCCCAUUCUGUAACAAGCUCAAUAGAAAGUACAAGUCAGAGAGGAGCAGCUUGGGUUCCCCGCAGGACUGGAAAGAGAGGCAGGAUGCAACCUCUCCUGUCAAAGAGCAGGGAGCUCAUAACAACAAAAACAGCAAUGGCUUUGGUGUCAAAUCCUUGGAGCAACACAUGGCAGGUCUCAAUCUACUGGAGAGCAAAUAAUCUAGGAAAUGACCUCCUUUGUCCACUGAUCUCCCCCUGAAGCAGCCUUUCUGGAAAACAUGUCAUUCAGGAAAUGGGGUGAAAAUGGUUACCUUGGUUCAGUCAAGUUUAUAUUUGCUGUCUGGAUGGUGAAUUUAUAGGUUUAGAGAGGAAAAGGCAGAUCCAAGCUCUCUGUGCUCAGGGGCAGUUUUACCCCAAAGUGGCUUGUUACCUGAAACACCUGUUUUACCCCAGUCCAUAA